AUGAGCAAAUCUGAGAUUGUCGCUCAGUUUGGGCCCGAAGCAGAAGCUUCCGAGAUUAUUUCCUCGCUUCAGGAUCUAUCAAAAAUCUACGCUCUCACAAUUGAGGAUCUAUACAUCAAAUGGGAACAAUUCUCAUAUCAAAAGCAUGAGAAUCGCACUGAGCUCAAUUCAAGAAAUCUCGACAGUUUCAAAAAAUUCCUUCAAUUGCAAGUGGAGAAGAAGGCAGCGCAGGCCUCGCCUGCUAUUUCAAAUCCCACAUUGAGCGCCAAAAUAGUAAAGCCCAUGAAGCCUCUCCAUUCUAGCCCUUCGCUUUUCGGGUACAAUAUCCCGAAGGGCUCAGCGUUGAAGAAGCGGAAGCUUAACACUGAAGCCCUGGUGCAGGAAAAAGGUCAUAAACUUGAGUUCUCAGAUGGUUUAUCGGAGCAUCACACGAAUGUGAAUGAUGGGCAAGGGGAAGCAGGUCACAAUGCCAUGACAAACACACCUCCUAAAUCGAGCGGUACAUCACAAGCAACUGCUACACGCGAUCAUGAACCAGGUAAGAUCUUGACGUGCCUAAAUCCGGAGAAUAUCGAGACAGCGGUAGGCCUAGAUGAAAAUUCCCGAGAGAAAGUUCGAAUCACACCUUUUUACGAUCCGGAGAGAUACAAGUUUAGAACGAUGAGACAGAGUCUCUCAGAUGCAGCUGAUGUUCUUGAUUUACAGAUAGAGACUAUCGCAAAGAUUAUUCAAAACCACUAUGAACUAAGUCCUUCAGAUUUCGGUGAUCCCUCUAUUCAAGCUCAAAGUCAAAUCCAUGCCGUUGGUAGAAUAGUACCUGACUCCACUACUACGGAAGAAUUCCUUAAUAUGGAUUCCCUCGCAUUAGAAACAUCCAGGAUGGCAGGCGUCGGCAGGCGGAUACGCCUAGACUUGACUGAUAUUGAUGAAGUGUCAUUAUUCUGCGGACAGAUAGUGGCAGUUAGGGGCAAGAAUGCGGACGGUGACUCGUUCAAGGUAAAUGAAGUUCUUGCGCUUCCCUACCCAAACUCCCCGGUAUCUACUCAGGAUGAGCUUCAAAAAUGUUGUGAGGCUCUGGAAGGGAAGCCUCUCAAAACCUUGGUUACAAGCGGCCCAUAUUUUUCCUGCGAUUCGUUUGAUCUACAUUUCUUGGAGCAGUUUGCAGAAAGAGUGAAUACUGAAAUUAAACCUCAUGUACUGAUAAUGUUCGGGCCAUUCAUUGACGUAACGAAUCCCAUGAUAGCAAAAGGUGCAAUACCCCAUUUUCCGCAACUCAAGAAUCAGCCCAAUACCUUGGAUGAAGUUUUCACUAAAGUUAUGGUACCUGUUUUAAAAAGGAUUAGACAGGAUAUUCAGGUUAUUUUGAUACCGUCAACAAGAGAUGCACUUUCAAAGCAUGCAUCUUACCCUCAGGAUUCUUACAAUCGCAAAUACUUACAAUUGCCAAAAAAUUUCAAAUGUUUUGUUAAUCCUGCCACUUUCCAGCUGAACGAGGUAUUCUUUGGCUGUUCCAAUGUGGAUACUUAUAAGGAUAUGAAGGAAAUGACAAAAGGCGGAAAUACAUCGAUGAGAAACAGAUUCGAUAGGGUUUCAGAGCAUAUAUUACAGCAGCGUCGAUUCUAUCCUGUCUUUCCCGGUGGCAUCAAGAAGAAACUCUUGUCCACUAAAAAUGACGGAAAGAAAGUAUAUGAACAUAUUUCAGGAGCGGAUCUCGAGGUACCGUAUCUUGGCCUGACAGAGUUCGUUGGCAACUUCACACCCGAUAUUAUCAUCAUUCCCAGUGAGAUGCACCAUUUUGCUCGAGUUGGACAAAACGUAAUCAUGAUAAACCCUGGAAGGUUCAUUGGGCAUAAUGGCAAACCAGGUACCUGCGCCGAAAUUAGCAUCACCAGCCCCGACCUAGAAAAGGGAAAUCUAACGAAAGUGGAUGGACCUGAACCCACUUUUCUGCAUAACGUUUGGAAACGUGCUAGAGUUGACAUCGUUACCAUCUGA